CAAAAGCUGAGGUUACGACCUCUGAUCUGUGAUGCGACCGAGGUGAGCACGGCUGCGGGACCAAGACUGGCAAACACGCUGGUGGACACUGAGUGCGCAACGAAACCGCUGGGUCUUCAUCCCCGAGCCACACAGAUAGAAGAUGUCGUUGUCAGGCACAGCCCAGGCCCUUUUGCCUGCCACGGGGGCGGCGGCGGCUCGCUGUCGCAGGACGGCGAUUGGUGGAGGGAGGGGCCCCCACCACAGGACAGGGAGCCCGCAGGAGGACUGGGGAAGAGCUCCUUGGAGGAAACCUUCGCGAGCCAGCGAGGGCGAGGCCUUCGUGGCCGGAGCCGGCCAUGCGCGCGGGAAGCUCAGCUGCCCCAACAGGCAGCACGCGUCCGAGGUCCUCGGCCUCCGCCGGCCAAGCCACAGAGAACAUCCAAGGGUGCCCUCCCCAGGGUGCUCAAGGACACCCAGCAAGCACGAAGAACACUGGAGCACCCUCCCCGAACCGACCUCGAUCUUGCACCUCGGUCCGACGGUACGCGAGACGGCAUGGCGACCUUCUGCGGUGGCUUACGCGGGCCGCCCGCGCGGCACGCUAAACCGGGGGACGAGGGCGUUCCCGCGCGGUCUUGCGCGGGCCGCUUGCGCGCGAAUGUCGGCGCAGGCGAUCCCGUUUUUUCUGCGUCGCCCACACUGGAAGGGAUCCCCCUUGCUGGAGGCCUCCGAAAUCUGGCGGCGCGCACAAGGGGCAGGAAGAGGGGGGGGAGGCUUCUUAGAAGGAGGCUGCUACUUAGAAGGCGCGGGCCUUCCAUCUACACGUGGGGCCCGCGCCUUCUAAG